UCCCCCAUCGACUCUCGAGUGUCGAGUCUCGAAUCAUCUCCCGAAUUGGCGAACCGACCCAGCCGCAUCCCCCCUCGUCCGGCUUCCGCGACGCAUCAUCGCCCCCAUCGCCGAUUUGCCGUCGUCUCCAAGGCUCUCUCUCGUCAGUUCUCACCCCUCAAAUACCCCAGACCUUCCACCCCUUGAUUCCCACCACUCGUCUCCACCGCCGCCGUUUCCCCCCCACCACCACCUCGCCAACGGAGGACACAACAACCCUAGGUUUACCCCUCCCGCCCCGCCGCCGCAUGCAGCCCUCAACGGAUCAACGCCGCGGCAACGGCGGCGCUGCCACGGCUUCCUCCCGUGGCGUAUGGCGGCCUCGAUCCGCUGCGCCGAUGACCCCCGCCGCUGCCGCCGCCGCCCCCGGUCAGAUCCCCGCUUAUGCCGCCCCCCACCCUAACAACACCGCCCCGCCGAUCCUGCCCCUCCCCACCCCUGCCUCGGACAACCGCUCGCGCCACCGCCGCGGCCCGCGUCGCCCGAAUCAGAACAACGGCAACUACCGCCGCGGCCCGCCGCAGGAGAGGGCUCCUUCCGCGCCGGCGAACGCGCCUGCGCCUGCAGAUGCCCCCGCACCUGCGGCCCCGGCGGGGAACGGGUCCGUGCCGCAGCUGGUGCAGGAGAUCCAGGACAAGCUGGCGCGGGGCGCGGUGGAGUGCAUGAUCUGCUACGACAUGGUGCGGAGGUCGGCUCCCGUGUGGUCCUGCGGCAGCUGCUUCUCCAUCUUCCACCUCCCUUGCAUCCGCAAGUGGGCGCGCUCCCCGGCCUCCGUCUCCGACGCCUCCGACCCAGCCUCCUCCUGGCGCUGCCCUGGGUGCCAAUCCGUGCACGAUGUUCCCGCUCGCGACAUCGCCUACACCUGCUUCUGUGGGCGUCGGCGUGAUCCCCCAAACGAUCUCUUCCUCACACCGCACUCCUGUGGCGAGCCCUGCUCCAAGCCCCUCGACAGAACAGAUCCUGCUGCCAAGGGUGCCUCUAUGGAAGACGUCGCCUCCAGGUGCCCGCACGUCUGUGUCCUGCAGUGCCACCCUGGUCCAUGCCCACCCUGCAAGGCGUUUGCUCCGGCCCGGCCAUGCCCUUGUGGCAAGCAGUCUAUCACACGGAGGUGCGCAGACCGCAGUACGCCUGUCACGUGUGGGCAGCAAUGCGAGCAGCUGCUCCCCUGCCGGAGGCACCGUUGUGAGAAGAUCUGCCACACUGGGCCGUGCGGGGACUGUGAGGUUAAUUUCUCUGCACAGUGCUUUUGUGGCAAGAAAACAGAGACGUUGUUGUGUGGCGAAAUGGUGCUGAAGGGGAAGCUGUCGGAGAAGGAUGGGGUGUUCUCAUGCAGCGAUGUUUGUGGCCACCAUCUGCCAUGUGGCAAUCAUGAUUGUCAGGAUGUUUGCCACCCGGGGCCAUGCGGAGACUGCGAGCUUGUGCCCGCGAAGGUCACAACAUGUCAUUGCGGCAAGACAAAGCUGCAGGAGAAACGGGUGAGCUGCUUGGACCCAAUCCCCACUUGUGAUAAGGUUUGCGACAAGAUGUUGCCAUGUGGGGUGCAUAGGUGCAAGGUUACAUGUCACGAGGGAGAGUGCCCGCCCUGCUUUGUGCGUGUUGAACAGAGGUGCCGAUGUGGCGCAUCAGGACAGAUGGUGGAGUGUUACAAAGUCUUGAAAGAAGAGUUCCGUUGCAACAAGCCUUGUGGCCGCAAGAAGAACUGCGGGAGGCACAGGUGCAGUGAGUGCUGUUGCCCGCUAUCAAAGCCGUUUGCUCAGCAUGAAGGUGACAAUCUGGAUCCCCAUUUCUGCCAGAUACCUUGUGGCAAGAAGCUCCGGUGUGGACAGCAUGGAUGCCAGCAUCUCUGCCAUAGUGGUCACUGCGAUCCUUGCCGUGAGACCAUAUUCAAUGAUCUCACUUGUGCCUGUGGCAGGACAUCUAUUCCACCACCGCAACCUUGCGGCACACCAACUCCUUCAUGCCCACACCAGUGCUUGGUUCCCCAGCCUUGCGGACAUCCAGCUUCACAUCAAUGUCAUUUCGGGGACUGCCCACCUUGUGUUGUUCCAGUGAUGAGAGAAUGCAUUGGGGGACAUGUGGUGUUAAGGAACAUUCCUUGUGGGUCAAAGGAUAUCAGAUGCAACCAGCCCUGUGGAAAGAACCGUCAAUGUGGACUCCAUGCUUGUGGUAAGACUUGCCAUCCUUUCCCUUGUGAUCAGCCGCCUACAAAUGGAGAGGCUAGUUCAAGCUCUGGGGUCAAAGCUUCGUGUUUACAAAUAUGUGGUGCUCCAAGGAGGGAAUGUAAGCACACUUGCACUGCCCUAUGCCACCCAUCAUCACCUUGCCCGGACGUGAGAUGUGAAUUCCGUGUGACUAUUACCUGUUCCUGUGGUCGCAUCUCUACAACUGUGCCCUGCAGUGCUGGUGGACCCUCCAGUGGUGACAAUAUGUUCGAUAUCUCCGUCAUACAGAAUCUAUCAAUGCCUCUCCAACCAGUGGAAUCGACUGGGAAGAGGGUACCUCUUGGGCAGAGGAAACUUUCCUGUGAUGAGGAAUGUGCAAAAAUGGAGAGAAAAAGGGUCCUUGCUGAAGCAUUUGACAUUACCCCUCCCAAUCUGGAUGCAUUACAUUUUGGUGAGAACACAAGUGCGUCAGAUUUGCUUUCUGAUCUUUUCCGACGCGAGCCAAAGUGGGUGCUGGCCAUAGAGGAGAGGUGCAAGUUCCUUGUGCUUGGGAAGACAAGAGGCAAUUCUUCAAAUAAUGUCAAAGUCCAUGUUUUCUGUCACAUGGUGAAGGAUAAGAGGGAUGCUAUCAGGCUCAUCGCAGAUAGGUGGAAGCUUUCUGUUCAGGCGGUUGGUUGGGAGCCCAAGCGUUUUGUCACUGUCCAUGUCACACCCAAGUCGAAGGUGCCUGCUCGCGUUCUUGGCUCGAAGCCUGGUGUCCCUGUCUCAGCUUCACAUCCUUACUUUGAUCCCCUGGUGGACAUGGAUCCGAGGCUGGUUGUUGCAAUGCUGGACCUGCCAAGGGAUGCUGAUGUUAGCUCUCUAGUCUUGAGAUUUGGUGGGGAGUGUGAAUUGGUUUGGCUGAAUGACAAGAAUGCCUUGGCAGUCUUCAGUGAUCCAGCUAGAGCAGCGACAGCGCUGAGGCGGCUAGAUUAUGGCUCUGCUUACCAGGGUGCUGCAAUGUUUUGCCCAAGCAGCAGCACUCAGGCCUCCUCGUCAGGCAAUAUAUGGGUUGCAGGACAGAGAGAUGGAGGGUUGGCUGCAAAGGGAAGUGCAAAUCCAUGGAAGAAAGCCUCUACCUCAGAGCCCGACCCAUCUGGAGACUGGACUGUGCUUGGUCAAGCUCCAGGGACAAGUGUGCUUGAUCAAGCUCCAGGGUCAGUGUGGAGGCGGGGUGAUACUGCUUCUCAAGUCAUGGGUACGAAUCGAUGGAAUGCUCUGGAGUCUGAUGCUGCCACAAGCUUGGGGACAUCGAACAAGCAUAAGCCACCUCCUCGCAGUGAAGCUGGAUCAAGCGCCUCCGCUCCUCGUACUGGUGCUGGAUCCAGUGCAGAAACAAGCGCUAGGCAAUCUGUGAGCAAGCUGCAGCCGGACAUUGAAGUGGAUGACUGGGAAGAAUCCUGUGAGUGAUGAGGUGGAGCUAUUUUGGUUCAGAUGAAUUCAGAUUUCCUAUUUCUCUCAUUUUUCUUUAGAUAAUAUACAAUAUAUAUCGGGGCUGAUAUUCUGUUGCCUUAAGUGGUUCCUGGUAUUUGCCUGUUAACUGUUCAGUUGGAAGUUAUGAUUGGGGCAAUCCUCUGUAAGUCUGCUGUUUCUUUUGCAGACCUUCAUGUGAACCGAGAAGAAAUAUGCCAUAAAUUUGCUUUCUCUACUU